AUGUUUGACAAGACUGCUAACUUCAACUAUGUGAAGAAAGGUAGCAAAGCUGUUGCAGAGCUGGUGCGACGGCAGUGCCGCUGUCACGGCGUGAGCGGAUCUUGUGAGUUCAAGACUUGCUGGCAGAGCAUGCCGAGGUUGGGUGAGGUCGGCCAGCACCUCAAGAACCUGUACGACCGGUCUGCUGUGCAAGUGGCUAAGCAUGCUCGUAAACGGCUGCGCAGAAAGAACAAAUUCGAACGCCGCAUCCGCAUAAGGACCAACGAGUUGGUGUACGUCAACCGGUCGCCAAACUACUGUGUUCGCAACGCCAACCUCGGCAUCCUCGGCACCUAUGGCCGUCAGUGCAACAAGACCUACUCCGGGUCGGACAGCUGCGACGUGCUGUGCUGUGGCCGCGGCUACGACACCCGGCUGACCGUCCGCUACGAGCGCUGCCACUGCAAAUUCGUCUGGUGCUGCUACGUCAACUGCAAGACCUGCUCCUGGGAGAUGGACGUCCACACCUGCAAGUGA